UUUAGUUGAGAAAGAUAAACUGGAUGAAUGUGCUAAAACAGCUAAACAGUCAUUUUCAAAACGGAGAUUGUCAUUCUUGAAGUCCCCGUGAAUAACUGGCUGGUGUUGUUAUGCAUGGUUGGUACAAUGGAAUUUAAGAGAGCAAAAGUUAAUUUUCAAUAUGGCGGAUACGAAGUAAACAACGGCAUGUUCAAACUACUUGUCUUGUUGAUAUUUCUAGUGCUUCUGCUUUCCGUUAUUCAAUGUUUACUUAUGUUUUCAAGCUGCAAAGAAAAUGGAAUCAACCUUCGUUACAGCAAUUAUGAAAACAUUCAGAGAAGCAAGAAUUCACUAAAUCAAGGUACUCCGCUGCCACCAUCACCUAAAACAACCGCGAGAAUAACUAAAACCAAUAAGGAAACACAAAUGGAGAGGCAGCAGAUAUUGCGGAAUUUCUGCCGCUAUAACCAAACAAAAGAUCAGUUAAGAAGAAGUAAACCUCUGAUGAAUAAUAUGUUCUAUAGUGAAAAGAAAGAAAUUAUUUACUGUUCCAUACCAAAAGCUGCUUGUACAAAUUGGAAACGAUUGCUUCAAGUUUUUGAUGGAAGAAUGAAAGACUUGUUUCAAGUUAAGGACAAGGACCAGCUGCACAAUAUGAAAUAUUCAAUGCUACGAAAUCUAAAUGAAACAGAACUUGCAUGGAGAAGAAACUCUUACUAUGCUUUCGUGUUCGUCAGACAUCCGUUCGAGAGAUUAUUUUCCGCAUAUCGAAAUAAAUUAAAGCAACCAGCCCAUCCUGGUUUUCAAAAGCGGUACGGUUCGGUUAUAUUAAGGAUGUUUCGUGUAAAUCUAAGUAAAGCAGAAUACGAUGCAGGAAAAGGGGUAACUUUUAAAGAAUUCUUAAUGUAUUUAAUUUCAGUACAUCAGAAAAAAGGGCAUAAAGCUUUUGACGAACACUGGCAAAUAAUGACAAAACUGUGCAGUCCUUGCACUAUGAAAUACGACUUCAUUGGCAAAAUGGACACGCUGCUGCAAGACGCUGAAGAGGUAUUGAAACAGACAGGUCUUUACGAAAAAUACAAGUUCCCUUACAACGCCACUGAUAAUUAUAGAGAAAGCGCUAAUUCUGUUAUGAUGAGAUUUUAUUUAGAAAUUCCCAAGUCUUUUCUACGCACGUUAUAUAACAUUUACAGGGACGAUUUCAUUUCUUUUGGAUUUUCUGGAAAGCAAUUUGGUUUAGAAGAUAGUUAAUAGUAAUUGAUUUUUAAAUCAAUUUUUUUUUAUAUUGUUUUAUUGAUGUAAUAAAAAACAUGAAAUUUGUUAAACUGGGCACAAAACAAGAUAAAUAUUGUA